AUGACUAAAGUUUUUAUUUAUUUUCUUGUUCCCUUAUGCAUAUCGUCUGUAUAUUAUUUCUCUUUCCUUUGGAAUUUCACGUACUUAUCCAUUCUUAGUGUUUGUCUCAUAACUUGUGUUUUCGUGCUUACACUUUGUGGUCAUCUCUCUUUGUCGUCUCCUCAUCAAACAUCCACGUUUUUGCUCGAUAACAUAGAGAAAGAAGCUCGACAAUUGGAAACUGCUUUACGGGACGAUCAAAAUAAUUGGGUGUAUGUCACGAAAAAGCCUCACCUACCGGUCAUUUUCGGUAGAACAGUUGACAGUCAACUCCAACUGAUAAUAGAUUAUUUUAUAAGGGACUUUGUAACUCAAUGGUUGAAGGAGCUCUCGCACAAGCCAGAACCAGUGAUUGACAAAUUCAAAGAGCAUAUAUGGACAGCCGUGCAGAACUUGUACGACAGACUGUUGAAAGUUGAUGCCGAGAAACUAAUAGCCAAUGACGUGGUCACGAAAAUCACACAACAUUUUGAAAGGAUAAGGAUAGCGAGAAGCUGUGCAUUGGAAUUGAAUCAGCCCCCAGUAUUUGCUCUCGCUCCUCACCUGAUGUCGAGUGAAAUGGAACUACACUACCUGAGGCAGAUCAGUGAGUUCCUCGUGAUGUUUCUGAUGCCAAGAUGCUACUCGCUCUCUCCUGUCAGUUAUCUCAUUAGGGAAAUAUUAGUUUGUAAAAUUCUUCAGCCAGCCAUAAAUCUAGUCACGGAUCCAGAUUACAUAAACCAGAAGAUAGUACAAUAUUUGGAGGCGCAGAAGGAAGUUGACGCUAUGCAUGUGAGGACACACGAAUAUGCGAAGACCUUCGAAGAUUACAUACGACUUAUAAACAACUGUAAUAAUGUUGACACACUGAAAAGACUGCGUUACGACAUAGUGACCCAAAUCAUGCAGGCAACCACACUACAGAACGUGAAGCGAGCGAAAGGGAUAGAUAUAGAUGUUAUUGAGAAAGGAGGGAACCAUAAUAUAAGCAGACAACAAGUGAGCGACGCCAGGAAACUAAAGCGAUAUAUAGACCAGCUGACCAUCGCUAAGGACGAGUGUGAAGAAGCUUUGAGGAGGUUGGGGUGGGACGGAGCAUUCCCUGCCGUGGAAUCUGAUAGUAAGGCGUUGCCUCUCCACAAGGUCAUAUCGAGCGUGACUGGUCGGAAGUAUUUAUCGAUGUUCUUGGAAACCCUCUGCUCUCAAGGGCUUGUGGGUUUUUGGGCAGCUGUGGACGAACUCCGACACAGCCCGAGGAGUAACUGGCAUCAACUAGGAGCUGAGAUCUUCUAUACUUACAUUAGAUCGCCAAGUGCUGAAGUGAAAGUUGAUAAGGAAACCAGAAAAAGAAUGGAGGGAUUUCUUCUAGGGGAUAAAGGUCCGGAAGUGUUUUACGAGGUUCAAGAUAUAGUGGUCGAUACCAUACAAGACAAAUACUAUCAUUCAUUCCUCUUAAGCGACCAGUAUAAGGCUUUGGUUGCUGAAUUAGCCACUGAGGAGGCGAGCGAUCCAGGGUUGUGCUCUGAAAGAUCUCCCAUAGACGAGCGUCAGGGUUGUCACGAAGCGACUUCUGAAGUGAACGCCUUGACGGAACACUCCACGUACGCGAGACGGAAAUUGGACCAACUGCAGGAGAGACACAAUAAUAAGACACAGGCGUUGGCAGCCCUACGAGCCUCAUUAAAGCCCGAGUCGCCAGCCCUAGCGAUGUUGGCGGAAGAAGUGGAGCGUCUGGCCGCUGAACAAAUGAGACUAGAAGCGCAUUUGGCGAGAACUGAUACAUGGGCUGAGAACCUUGGACUGUGGCGUGCUACUGUACAUAGUGCUGAGAUGGUGGAAGAAUCCCGACCCCAAUUCGUAGUGGUGGUUCACGCGCUACAGCCCGAAGAAGAGCGUGGCCCGCGACCCGAGCAGAGAGCGGCUGGGUGGGUGCUGCUCCGGAGCGCUCACGACUUCCAGGAGCUGCACAGGAAAUUGAGACCGAUGUGUUCAGAAUUAAAAAACUUAGAACUACCAUCCAACUCAUUCAAAUUCAUGUUCGGGAAGAACGAUAAGAAUUCGCUAGAAAAAGCCAAAAUGUUGAUACAAAAAUAUUUAGAAUUUGUUUUAGAAGACGACAGACUGAACCAAAGCGAAGCUCUAUACACUUUCCUGAACCCGAGCUCCGAGUACCUCAAACAAUGUGAUCUGCCGAAGAAGAAUAAGUUCUCAUUCUCUACACUAUUUAAAAGCACUAGUAGCGACACAACGAACAGAUCGUCCCAAGAGAAGGAGGGACCGAGUCUGUCUGAUGAUGAUGAGAUGUCUCUGUACCUGGACGGAAACGGGGACUCGCUGAAACACGGGGGAACUGUGAGGGGCGUGGGCCCUUUAGUAGAGGAGCGUGACAGUAUAGCAGAGCCUCUGUACGCGUUGUUGAGUGAAGUGUUCGACAUGAGAGGAGUGUUCCGCUGGCUCAGAAGAACUCUAGUCACAUUCGUGCAAAUAACGUACGGAAGGACCAUCAACAGACAGAUCAAGGAGACGAUCUCGUGGCUGUUCUCGGAGCAGAUGCUGCACUACUACAGCACUUUAGUGCUUAAGUCGUGGUGGCCGGGCGGAGUGCUCACACAUGGGAACAAUAACAGGAAUAUACGGGACAAGGAGCACUCCCGCACGCUGGCUCUGCAGCAGCUGUCUGAGUGCGUGGUGGGCGGGGUGUCGUCGCUUGUUGGAGCGCACGCGGCGGCGCGCGGGGCAGCCAAGCUGUUCACUACGGUACAACAUACGACGCAUAACAAACAGCUGUUCUAUGAAAUCUUCGAGUUGGUCCUCAUAGAAGUAUUCCCGGAACUGAAGCGUUAUCAAUGA